AUGUAAAAAAUCGUGCUUGCUGGAUGUCUAAGCAUACUGGCUCAGCGCACAGAGGCGGAGUCAGCGUUACUCUCUACAGCAAUUGGAUUGAAAAGCCGGACAGCGAUGACGCCCGGAGGAAGAAAAAUCAAGCUGAUUUUGUACUGACCUUCAGCACAAUAGACAGAAAGCCAAUAUUGAAAGUUGCCGCUACUGCCGUUAAUGAAUUUACAGCUAUGGUUCAAGGAGCAUACGAAAUCUUAAAAGCUUCAGAAAAGUGUGUUGUACUGCGCGGCCCUCAACAUUUACGUGGUGGCGCCAUCUGUACUGUGUGGGUCCUUAAAAGCACUGCUCAGCAAAAUCACGAUGAAUGCAAAAGUGCAUUUCUUUCGCUGUGCCAGAGCACCAACACCUGUCCAAAUAAAGUACAAUCGUGAUUUCUUGUAGAAAUUGCGAG